AGAGCGAGAACAAAAGCGAAACGGAUGGAAACUUUUUUAACUCUUGAGAUGUUUGCAGAUACAGGUUCACGAUUAUAGGUCCUUUGUAAUUGUCGCUCCAUUGUAUAGUACAGCCGUACAUAGGGAGCGUGGUAUCCUUGCGGGUAAAACACCAGGGCAUUCAAUUCGUUUCUAGACUCAGGUGUGUGACGACAACGAGAGACGCACUUAUCGGAAAGUCAAUGAUUCUUAUCAGAAAGGAAAGUUGUGUCUGCUUUCUUCUUCUUCUUCUCCUACUUAUUGGUCGUCGUUGUUUUCUUCGCGGUGUUAAAUUGUUAUAAUAAUUUUUAAUAAUGUGUCAAAGUGGGUGCUUGCUUAUUAUCUAGAGUGUUUUUAAAAUAAUAAUAAUAAUAAAUAAAUAACUGUUGUUUCAUUGUUUCAAAAAUAAUCUAUACCUAUACUUACAUAUAGAUAUAUUUAAAUUUUAAAUAUCGAGUGCCGUUGGAGUGGAGUUUAUCAAAGUGAAGAGGGUUUUAUUUCAACACAUCCGUUUUUUGAAACCGAAACCAUUUCGUUGUUGUGUUAUCAAUAUAUCUAGUGAUAGAAAUAAAAAUAAUUUUCCAAAUCCAACAAAAAAGAUAGUGAAAGCCUUGAAGAAACGGAAAUUAUCUUCUCAACAGAAGAAAAAGGCAUUGAACUAUUAUGACUUCCAUCAUUGCUAUUCAUUGUUAGAAACAUAAAGGACUGAAGAAAAUAUACAAGUUUUCGGUUUCAUUGUUAUGACACCGAUUACAACUUCAACUCUCUUUACGACAACCACAACUAUAAUAACUCCCGGUAGAAAUGUGAUCCUGCUCGAGCCCCCAGAUAGCCAACAAGUCGAUCUAAAUGGCAGUGGUGAAAGUAGCGAUGCCGAGAGGCUUGCCCAGUCAACAGUUCCUAUAAUGUUCGAAACGCAUCUACCAAUUAUAAUCUUCAAAUGCUUUGUCAUAGGUUUCAUAAUAUUAGCAGCAGUUUUUGGAAAUAUGCUGGUGAUAGUGUCUGUUAUGCGACAUCGCAAACUAAGGAUUAUUACGAACUACUUUGUGGUCUCGUUGGCUGUGGCAGACAUGCUGGUGGCUCUUUGUGCCAUGACAUUCAAUGCAUCCGUGGAGGUGUCCGGUAAAUGGAUAUUCGGAUCAAUCAUGUGUGACGUGUGGAACAGCUUUGAUGUUUACUUCUCCACAGCGAGUAUAUUGCACCUGUGCUGUAUAUCUGUCGACAGGUAUUACGCAAUUGUGCAGCCACUGGACUACCCGCUUAUCAUGACCCACACCAAAGUCAUCCUCAUGCUGAUAGUGGUUUGGCUGUCACCUGCCCUGCUGUCAUUUGUUCCCAUAUUCCUGGGAUGGUAUACCACAGAAGCCAACUGGCAACACCUGAAAACGAAUCCUCAUAUCUGCCAGUUUAAGGUGAAUAAAUCGUAUGCAAUCAUAAGUUCAUCUGUAAGCUUCUGGAUACCAGGAAUUGUGAUGAUAUUUACAUAUUACAAAAUUUAUAGAGAAGCCGAUAGACAGGAACGACUUUUGUACAGAUCAAAGGUGGCAGCACUUUUGCUGGAUAAACACUUACAGAUAAAUCACAUACCCGUCCCAAGGCCCAGCAUUCAUGUCGAACAAACUACAAUAACGACGAUGAGAAGGGAGAAGAAAGCUGCUAGGACUUUAGGAAUAAUCAUGAGUGCAUUUCUAGUUUGUUGGCUGCCGUUCUUCUUAUGGUACAUAACUUCGUCCCUUUGCGAUAGUUGCAAUACGCCCCGAAUUGUAGUUUGCAUCCUUUUUUGGAUAGGCUACUUUAACUCGGCUCUCAAUCCAAUCAUCUAUGCGUACUUCAAUCGUGAAUUCAGAAUCGCCUUUAAGAAAACGCUUCAGUCCUGCUGCCCACAAGCGAUACUCCAGUGCCGUGUCAGCGACGGAGUUGAUCUUCCACCGUAUAUUCAUUCAACAGCUUCCUCAGAGAUCCAUAUGAACAUCCUUCGGUCAAGGAACUUCAAUUCUUCACAGCAAUUUCAAUCAAUGUACUAAAAAUAACUAGGCUUAAUAAAAAAAGAAA